AUGGUCAAACCGAAAUCUGUGGAGCUUACUGGUGAUGGAAAAACUCUGACGGAUGGAUCCACCUUCGGACCUUUACUGGAGAGAGCCAAGGUGAACGUGAGUUGUUCAGUGAAAGAAGGGAAGCCGCAGCCGAAGGUUGUGUGGUACUUUAAGAAGAAAACUGGUGGUGAUAUGAAGGAGUUGAACGGUGAAACUAUUACACCAGAUAACAUCACCAUCACCCGCGUGUUGCCUCUCACAGUGACUAGAGAGGAGUUGGGAGGAGAACUGACUUGUAUUGUAUCCUCAGCUGCAUUGGAAGCGGAUAUCGUGAAGAAAAUAAAGCUGGAUGUUAGAGUUCCUCCAAACAAGACGUUUAUAUCUGGUGUCGGGGAGCACGCAGUCCAAGGAACCCUACUGACUUUGAUGUGCAAGGUAACUGGCGCCCGGCCAGCGGCACUGAUCCAGUGGUUCAACGGAACAACGCCAAUUAAUGACAGCGAUCAGAACAUACAUCAGAAGGACGUUGAAAUGGCUGAUACUACAUUCGAGACCAUUUCAAAUUUAACCUUCGAAGCCACGCGGUUUGAAAACGGUCGAAAAUUUCACUGCGAAGCUUCCAAUGAAGUCACUUUACAAACGAAUGACCAACCCAUGCAUGCCACCAGGGAGCUCGAGAUUUGGUAUCCACCGAUUGUUCGAGUAGAGCCCAAAAACAUAACCGUAGUAGAAGGCUCGAAAUUAUUGCUCAAAUGUGAAUAUGAAAGUAACCCAUCCUCUCUGGAAAAGGUCGUUUGGUACCGUAACGGUGAAAAAGUAAAUGUAUAUAACACAACACACUACGAAGGUGGUACAACGGAUCAACAUUCUCUAAUCAUUCUCAAUGCUAACGGCGGCGAUAUGGGCAACUACACCUGCGUCCUUGGCAAUGACGUUGGCAAUGGCACUAGUGAAGAAAGUAUUGACGUAAAUGUCAUGUUCAAACCACAAGUACGCCUAAAGAUGGAACCUGCCAGCCCCAUUCUGGAAACAGACCACAUGAACGUGACACUGACCUGUGAAGUGGUAUCUGGUAACCCUAACGUCUUGGAUGAAGUCAUCUGGUAUCUGGAUGGGGAAAUAUUAAAACAUCUACCGGAAUGUAAUGGCACUGACGGUGAAGAAAAUCUAUGCAACGAAGUCGACCCGUCAAUGCUGUUGCUGCAGGACACAACCAAGAGUUUCCAUGGCAAUUACUCCUGCAAAGGCAAGAACUAUGCGGGAUGGGGCAAUGAGAGUGCAAAGGCCGAAUUGGUGGUCAAUUAUCCUCCGGGGCCUGCAAAAUUGACAUACUCCCCGUGGCGUGUGGUGAAGGGCAAGAGUUUGGUGCUUAGUUGUAGCAUUAAUGAGCGAGGGCGACCUGAAGCACACAGAUACCGCUGGUACCGUGGUGGACGUCUCGUCAGCGACAUUGUAUCACAAAACUGGACAAUAGACCCUGUUACGUUAGAUCAUAGGACAUACUUCUCAUGCCAUGGAAUAAAUGCUGGCGGUCCCGGGGAGAUGGCAAAUACGUCAAUUGAUGUGCUGGCUCCACCAAGUUUCAAAUACGCAAUGAACCACUACAGCGGUGCUUUAUAUAAAUCUCAGAAUAUAUCUCUAUCGUGUACAGUAGAGUGUGCCCCACUCUGCUCUGUACAAUGGCUGAAAGAUGGACAGGUCAUCGACCCUGACAAGACAGAUAGGUACUACGUGGUGGAGAGAAAAAUCGAACCUCAGGUUAACAGAAAUGAUUUUGAAGCUACAGAAAGUACUUUGCACUGGAAUAUGUCAGCGUGGCCAGGGAAUGCCUUGGACAGAUCUGCAGACACUGCUAGUUACACAUGCAGAUCCUCUAGAAAUUUAGCAGGACCGCCCGUCAACAGUACUACAAAGUUUGCUGUGGAAUAUGAACCAGAGAACAUUUUGGUUAAACCAGACAUUGUGAGAGUGAACGAAAAUGAGAUUCCUGCAAAAGUUGUGUGUUCGGCCAGAGGUUUUCCUAUGCCAUCUUACACUUGGCGUCGGGAGCAUCCAAGUAAAUCAGCAAGCAAGGACCACGGCAACAAUUCUUUGACUCUUUCGUCGUCUAAUACGUUACUUUUGGGACCAGUGCAGAGAAAAGAUGGUGGAAAUUACUCAUGUGAAGCCUAUAACAGACAUGGUUCAGAGAGCACUGUUGUAAUAUUGGAUGUUAUGUAUGUUCCUGAAUGCGGUAUCAAACAAAUCGAACUCAAUGGAGAACAAGUACUUGUUUGCAGUGCCAACGCCAAUCCUGCAGAGGUCACAUUCUCCUGGAAGCUGAAGAACGACAAUGACAGUCUAACAGAUGAGAAAAUCACUCAACAAGGAGUACAUAGCUACCUCUACCUCAGUUCCAGUGUCGAUGUGUACAGAACUUAUCUAUGCUAUGCCAACAAUAGUGUUGGAAUGUCCAGAGCUUGUGAGCGUGAUGUUAUGGGUACAAAGGUAUGGUGGCGUGAUCAGCAGAAACUCAUCCUUAUUGGUGGAAUAGCUCUUGCUAUCCUCGUCAUCACCGUCAUCCUCUGCAUCAUCAUUAUCUGCAUCUGUCGUAGGAUGAGGGCUAAAUCCAAGUCCACGCCAUUGGUCCGAGCAGAUUCAUGGCACACGUUAUCAAUGCCACCGUCAAGGUCCCCCGUAGUAGUGCCAACCCCGAUUCCAGAUGGUAGCUGUAUUAACGAAGUGUCUAUCGCGCAAUCGAUCAUAUCUCAAGCUUUGCCUGCUUUGUCACCUAGAAUAAAUCUAUCAUUUAGUUCAAAGACAUCUGAUAGAACUAGAUUGGUUGAAUCACAAAGCUACCCACAUAAUUUAGAAAUGAACAAAAUAGAAGACGAACCUGAACAAACUACAACGCAAGGGGAGAAUCAAGAAACUGAAUUACAGACACCGAAAUCAGAACCAAAAGUUGAUUCAAAUAAAGUUCAAAAUGUUGUUACACCUAAUAAAUGGCCUUUAAAACCUGGCGUGCUUGUACACGUUAAUUCAAAUCAUACUUUAAGUCCAAAGAACCAAGCAAGACUUCAUAGUCAAGCAACUCCAGAAGAGUCAAACUUAGGUCUUCUAGAAAGACCUAAAACAGAAGAAAAAUCUCCUCCUAAAAUCGAAUACUCUAAGAAAAGUGGGAAACCGAAGCAAAACGUAGUGUCGGGUAUUUUAAAAAAUAUUCGAAGAAAAAGCGAUGAUUCCGACGACGAUAGCGGCAAAUACAAGAAAAUUAACAAGACAAAUAAAAGGGCCAUGUCCUUAGUUAAUAUGAAUAAGACUGCAUACGUUGUACAAAAGAAUCGGUUGAAAUCGUUGUUUCAAAGUGAAAAACCAAACAUUAUCGUUACUGAAGGAGGUAGUAGUCAUUAA